GUUGGCGGGGAUCCGACUGUGUCUGUGUCAUGACGGGGACCUGCAGCCGUGGAGGCUCAACUGGGGGUCCGUCAGUCUGUAUUAAAUGUCCGCAGCUGGAAGCAUGGGACGAACUCUGUUGGUUCCGUGGAGCUCGUUCUGCACCCGCACGGCCAAUAUUCUCGACGGGAGUCACGGAACCGAGGCCAUCACGGGCUUGAACUCGCCAACUACGCACCAGCACACGAGCGAACUGUCAACGCGUGGUGCAAAACAUUCGAUUGGCAUCUUGACCACGUUGCCUUGGCCCACACGAGUGAACAACAGCAACAACAACAAACAACAGCAAGGAGGAUGGCGAACCACAGGGCACAGGCUCAGUUUGACCGGGCGCGGUGGAGGCUCAUGGUACUGCUCCCGGCCUGGGCGCUGCAGACACUGCUGGCGGCAUCCAUGAUGGGACUCUUCUCCUGGCGUUUGGGGGAUACGAUUAAGCAUUACGAUGAGCGGGAAAAAAAGGGGGAAACGCCGACGAUUGAGUUUGCCUGGGAGGCCACAAAUAUCACCAUGUCCUUCAUCGUCGUCCUGUGCACCUUUUUCGAGAUUGUCAAGUUCGUGAGCGAGUCCUUGACGCCGUGGACAAUGCUCUUCACGCACGUCAUCAAGUUGACGUGCGCGGCGGCCAUCCUUGCGCUCGACGUGGUGGUGUAUAUCCAGCGGAGCGACGCACACUACUCGCUCGUGGGCAUCGGCCUGGACGCGGCCUUAAUCGUCACGGCCAUUGCGCUCGUGCUCUACGCAGUGUUGACCUAUCGCCGGCUUUCCGCGUACGACGACUACGCGCGACCCGUCAACGUGAAAGGGUACGGCUUCAGCGACGGAAUCGACCGCGACUUUUCGUACUCGAGCCGGCUGAGCGUCGACAACAACACGAGGCGUGGGUCAACCACCCCUUCCCGCCUGAGCAUUGGCUCUAUCGGCGGCGGCUUCAACGUGAGCCACUACUGCGCGGCCAGCGGAAGCGAAGACGAGGCAGUGCACAUGCAGACGAUGCAACGGACGCCGAGUUCGUACAGCCACGAGCGGGACACACAGUUCGACGAGUACGUGGCGCGGCGCAGCUCGCUGGGGAACAGCACCCUGAAGGCCGAGGUGGAGCGGGCGCUGAGCUCGGAGCUGGACCGCGGAAGCGGCUCGCCCGACGCCAUCGUGAUGGGAUCGGGCGUCGUCAAGACGCGCUUGCGGGGGCAGAGCAUCGGGCGCGCGACCAGCUACAGCAGCGACCACGUCCUCGUCGCGGUGCCGGAGGAGGAGGCCGAGGCGGAGCACCACGAGACGGACCGGGCGGCACUGCUCGGGCGGGGCCGCCGGGACAGCGACCAUGGCCGGAGGAGCCCCGACCGCGGAGAGGUGGACGGACCGGCGGUGCCGCAGGAGGUUGACAUUUCGGAGCCGAAAUGGCGGAGGGGGUAG